AUGGACAAUCCGGAAGGGCAGUCUACCGAGUUAAAGGCCAGCCAGGAUCCAGGAAAGGAGAGAAAGAGAAACGCUUUCCCCGCUUUUGUCGCAGUGUAUACUCAAAUCGCCUUGAACAUCAUUUGGGCUCUGCAGCUGGGCCUCACCAUUUACCUUUACUGGCGAGUCCAGCAACAUGCUAAUGACAGAUCAGCCUACACAAUUGCUACAGCUGGCUGGCGGCAGCAUGAAGACUUGGGACGACUGCCUGCAGCUCGCUUCUUUAUUGUUGACCUACCACUGAGCUUCGUUCUGUGCGCUCGCAUCGCCUUGCUGGGUACUCUUCUGCUCGUGUCUCAUGCCAACCUACGGGUCCUAUGGAGCUUUUACCGUGUUCUGCAAGCUGGAGGUACAACCUUCGAAUAUAAAACUGCAGAAGAAAUCGAGGAGCAGACUCUGCAAGCUCAGCUUCCUGGCCUGCCCUCCGCCACACCGACGCCGCGGCCUUGGGGCGUUUCGGGUCAAGGGUCUUCCCGCUCCAGAGAGUUCGCUUCGACUUGGCAGGCAUGA